AUGAACGUUUCUUUCAGCGUUACUUUUGCGCCGAGUCAGGUGGAAGAUUACAUUCAUUAUAUUACCUUUAACACUGAUACGGAGCAAUAUGUUUUACCUUUGAUUGCUCUCGGACCAAGACCAAUAUUUAAUUUUCCCGAUCAAGUGGAUGCAGUCACCCUGUUUGAAAGUAAAAUAACUUGUACACCCGGGUGCCGAUUUCUCCCCCCUGGUAGUAAAGAUACUUUCGUGAUUUCCUUCUUCAAUUCAAAUCCGGGGCCGUUCUUUGAAGAGAUUAACUUCUUCAUUCGAGAUACGGACGUACAUUUAAAGGUGUAUUUGAAGGGAGAAGUUAUUUACCCGUCGAUAAAAUUCAGUGUAUCCUCGUUGGACUUUGGUGACGUAAGUUUAGCACUACACUGGGGACAAGUAAAGUUACUUCGAAGAUCACAGAAAACUUUGACCCUCUGCAAUGAUUCUCCGGUUGUAGUACAUUUUAAAACAUCUUGGUUGAACCGUGAUAGUAAAUGGCAGAUAGAGCCUGCAGAAGGUGUUAUCGAACCAGAAUCUGAAUUAGAUCUUAUUGUAAGCCUGUAUUUGGUUGACGCCGAAAUAUAUACUAACAAAGCUGUUAUACAUUUAGAAAACAUGAAAGACAUUGCAUUGGAUCGUUUAAAUUAUAAGAGCAAUUUAAACAACGUAACAUUGAAAACGGACUCUGCAAUUUCUAAUACAAGUAUCAUUUCACCAUAUUCGGGAGAUGAAAAAUUUAAUAAAACAAAUGUUUCAAUUACAUCAACAGCCCGACCGAACAUAAGUGAAUAUGAUCCAAAAUUGGGCUAUCUUGCAAUUGCAACAUUGACUCAUGAAUACCUUGAUGCUCUUAAUAUCAUGUUCAAUAAACGUACAUCAGAACAUUUAAAUUCGCCUUUAACUGAGAUUUGUUUGGAAGAUCCCAUAUUUCAACAAGAUUGGCAUAUAUGUUCGCCUUGGGACGAGUAUCCGUCUGUAAUGGACAUUGAAAUGUCUAUAGAAAGAGUUUUAGUUACGGAUUUCCUAAAACUACAUCCAGAUGUCAUUGCUGCGCAUUCUGCUACUGCAAAGAUGAGACCCAUUUCAGGAUUUAACACUAUACCCUAUGUUAUAGAUUUUGGUGUUGUUAUUACUGGAUGUACGGUAUGGUGCAAGUUUAAUUUAAAG